UACCGCGUGACGCUAGGAUACAAGACGGCCACGAGUCGCGAAUCACGCACAUAAGCAUGAACGCCCGCAGUGGCCUUCCGGCAGUAUAGGUUGGCAGCAAACAACGCUGUCCGUUGGGAACCAUGGCGAAUAUCCGACUGCGGCACAUUGCGCUCUACCCCAAGCGCACGGCUCUCUCCUCCGCACCGUUCAGCUCGCUUUAUUUUUGUCAUCUCAUUCAAGUAAUCCUCUCUGCCGUCUCCUUCCCUCCCUGCAUGUCUGCUCAAGCGCUCAAAGCUAACACGACUAAGAGAGUAGCAAGGAGUGCAGCAGGUACCAUCAAGUCCUCCAGAUUGACUUCUUCGUCAGCAGCAACGGCCGCCAGCACGCUUCAUGUCACCGCAGCCCAACCCACGCAAUGCCUCGCGCCCUCGCCGCCCACACUUCGUCCUAGAAUCUCACCGCUGGCGGUGAGAUAUCUCAGGAAUAAUAGCAGUUGCCCCCCUCAGCAGCGCGGUACCGUGACCGACUUCUAUCAGUGCAUCGCUGAACCGAAAGCACAGCUAGCGGAGGCCCGCCGUCACCAAGAUAGUCAACGACCUUUCCAACCGCAUCUCCGGCUUGGAAUCUGUGAGUCGUCCUAUGUUACUUGGUGGAGACACCCUUACUCGCUUGAUUGGGGCAACAGUGGCCCGCGUUCAGGCUACACCCACGGCUACGGUUCUAGAGGGACUACCCCUGUUCGGCGCAACAGACAUGGGUGGACACCCGACUCGACACUUCGAAAUGCAAGCGAGGACAACACUUGUUUCGGGAAGUGCGUCCCGAACCUCCGAACCUGCAGGAUUUCCGCUCUCUUCACCGUCUAUAUCACCGCGGGGGGAGGGGAGGACGUUCUUGGACAUGGAUCAAUCCCUAGACCAAGUCGCGCAUAGUAUACAGUGGAGGCACGUGGAUGCUACCACUUACUCAAGGUGUGCCUCACUCGCGAUCCGAUCGCCCGCCCCGUGUGACAACGAGCCGUGCAGGUUGUACAAUCAGGGCAAGGGUGGGAAUGAGAAAAGUACCUGCAAGCGACAACGCGUCUGCUUGACCUGCUGUGCGAGCAGGCAUGCCGCUAGC